AGAAAUCUUUGCAAGUUGCAACGACCUUAUCACUUAUCAUCUUUGUUUGCAUCAGAUCGAUCGAUGGGUUCAGAGAAGUUCCCAACCCCUGUGGCCGACCUGUGCGACGCGAACGCCUCACUGAUCCUCGCCGGCGAGCUGCGCAUCCUGGAGCCCGUCUUCCAGCCGUACGGCCAGUGCAGGUCCUUCUCGGGCCGGGUGGUCACCAUGCGCGUCCUCGAGCACAACGCGGGCCUGCGCGCGCUCCUGGAGACCCCCGGCGAGGGCCGCGUCCUGGUGCUUGACGGCGGUGGCAGCAAGCGGUGCGCGCUCAUCGGCGGCACGCUGGCGGAGGUGGGGCGCGGCAGCGGCUGGGCGGGCGCUGUCGUGAACGGCUGCGUCCGCGACGUGGAUGACGUGAACGGCUGCGCCAUCGGCGUCCGCGCGCUCGCCAGCAACCCCCGCAAGCCCGGGAAGAGCGGCGCCACGGAGAUGCACGUGGACGUCGACGUCGGCGGCGCCGUGGUCCGUGACGGGGAGUGGCUCUACGCGGACAGCGACGGCAUCAUUGUCUGCGACAGGGAGAUCUACGGUUGAUGUGAUCGACCCCAACGUGGCUUAUUCCACACAGUUUGUCUUCCGAUGUCUGCCUCGCGUGUUCUCUCUAAGUUUGGUGGCGAUAUUGUUUUCUCUCUUCCAUGGGGUGAUUCUUCACGGGCCAUCUAAAAUGCUCCAUAGUAAAAGUAUUAUUUCUUGUAAGAUGUAAUAAUACCAUACACUGUCCUGUGCAUUUCAUUUCUCGUUCAUGCCA